GAUUUUGUAGUAGUAAACUAUUAAAAUGCCAUAAUGUCUCCAUAUUAAUCGAACGAAUUCUCCUUGUGGCAUUGGCAGGAUUGUUCAUUAAAUAUUAUUGCUAUACGGAAAUAUCUAUUUUAUUUGCUUGAUCUCUGUAUAUCAUCAUAAGAUACUAUGGCGCGAUAUCUUGUAAACGUCGAAAGCGUGGUACUAAUCACAUCUCUGGCACUGACUCUAACAUCAACCCUUGCAGUACUUUUCAUCGAGCAUAUAGUACAAUUGGAACUAAAUGCAACGUGUUUGUCUAAUAGCAGUGAAUCAACAUGUUAUACAGUGGAGGAUGUCCAGGUUAUUGUAUCGAACUGGACCACUAUAUUCCUUGUUUGUCAAACAUUUCCAGCUUUACUUAUUACGUUAUACGUCUCUACAUUAAGCGACCGAAUAGGAAGAAAGAUCACUAUGAUAUUGCCUACUAUUGGUUUUAUUGUUGCAAUGAUUAAUUACAGUAUUGUUUAUGUUUAUGUGUUACCAAUCGAGUACCUGUUGGUAGGGAAUAUAGCGAUAGGUUUUUCAGGGAGCAUUACACUUGUACGCUCUGGUGCCUCUUCGUAUAUCAGUGAUACUGCAAGCAAAAACAAUUUGACAUUUCGAUUGUCAGUUCUCCAAGGUGUCGCAAUGUUAGGCAUAGCGUUAGGCCAGUUGGGAUUCUCAUUGUGGAUUGAGUAUUCAAGUUUCCUACCAUCAUUCCUGUUCAUGACGGUGAUGCUGGUUCUAAGUGUUCCUUACAUCAUGUACUUUAUCGAGGAAACAGUUACGGAAAAUCAAACAGCAACGUCUGUUGGAAAAGUUUUGACAGAUAUGAUACAAGUUGUCAAAAACAACACCAACGACCGACGUUGCAGAAUUAUUUCUUGGUUAAUUCUUCGUUUCAUGACAUCGAUUUUAAUCAACCCAUUUGGGGUUGCAAUGAUGCUGUAUUUCAUUGGACCGCCUCUACUAUGGUCAACUACUGAAAUUGGAUACUUUACUUUUAGCUUCAUAAUGUCUUUAACUUUAGGAAUGCUUUUUAUUACCAAACCACUGCAGAAGUAUUGCAACAUGAGCGACUACUCUCUCUUCUACCUCGGGUCUUUGUCAGCUAUGUCGUCAUCACUGAUUAUCGCUGCCGGAACCACGGACGCUGUCGUCUACUUGUCCGUGCCAAUGGCACUUUUAGCUGUCCUACCGAAAGCCAUCGUAGAGGCUCAACUGUCAAAAUUGGUAGAGAAGAACGAGAGAGGCGCUAUAUUCGCUCAGGCUGGUGUUUUGGACAACCUCGGAUUCCUACUAGGACCCAUUUGGAUCGGCGUCACCUACUCAGCUACCGUAGAAACGAACCCAAGUCUUAUUUUCUACAUAAUGUUCGCAGGAGCUCUAAUUAAUAUGCUUCUUGUAAUAUUUAUUCAAUUGAAGUUUGGAUCUAUUGAAGAGACGAUGGACAGUUCAUUCAAAUCCGAGGAGGAGUAUAUUGCGAGCGAAGAAACUCAUCUUUUACCAACUUCAUCUAAAGUCCUACUUAAAGAUUCAAUCGCUGGUGAUCACACGACCACCACAUAUACCACCAAUCGUACGAUAACUUACCACCAGUCUUAAGAACAAUUGCAGUACGCAGCUGCUAGAGACAGAGCCGACGAUUGGUCGUAUCUUUGCCAAAUUGCCACCAUUUCUACAAUCCAGAAAUUGUAAAUGUGUUUCAAACCCCUAAGCGAGAUUAUCUAAACUAGUACAAUUAAAGAAGUUCUACUAGUUAUCAAUGAUAAGUGCCUCGGAACCACAGAAAUUAUUUGACGGAAAUCUUCGAUUUCAAACACGGUUAAGAAAUAGAUGAACAACGAACAACUUAGUAAACUGCUAUUAACAAAUUUGUCACCUGUGGCUUAUUUACGUAAUUUACGAUGGUCACUUUGACCAUACCUCCAUGCUUUGACCAAUCACCAGCAUUGUAGCCAAGGCUUUUGCACAAGACAGGACAAUCCAAGAGUGGACCCUCAAGUGUACCAUUUUAAACCAUUUUCAAUAGCAUAUAUAGGAAGAUAGAAUUAUUAUAGUGUCUAUUACAAGAAUAGACUGGUUUGCCUUUUGCGUCACUCCUCUGGUAAUCAGUGGUGAUGGUGGUACUACGACGAAAGGACCCUCCCCAACCUUGUCGGGAAAGGUCAGCAAAAUUUUUCAGGCAGAAAAACCGUUCUUAUUAUACUGGUCGUAUUUAGGGAAGGUAUCACUUUUUUUUUAUUCACUUUUUUUCUUAACAUUCUAAUAUUAUACUAGGCCUAGCAUACGUUAAAUAAACUAUAAAGUUUAAUAGACAUACGAUAUUGUCAUCAGUUCAAUUCAUUCAAUAGUAUUAGCUAUUGAGCAACCAGUAGAAUAUAAUCCCUAAGAAAAAUUGCAAUAAUUAUAUACAGAUUACAUAAAUAAUAUUUACAUAGGCCUAAAUACAUCAUACAUAUCGAUAACUAUAUAGGCCUAUAUAUAUAUAUAUAUAUAUAUAUAUAUAUAUACAUACAUACACACACACCCACACACACGCACAUAUACACACAUACAUCCAUACAUACAUUUACGUAAAUACAGUAUUCAGAUAAAAGUGCAAAAUAAUACUAAUGUUUAUGCAAGAAAAUAAAAAUUUUAAUAGACAUACGAUAUUGACAUCAGUUCAAUUAAUUCAAUAGUAUUAGCUAUUGAGCAACCAGUAGAAUAUAAUCCCUAAGAAAAAUUGCAAUAAUUAUAUACAGAUUACAUAAAUAAUAUUUACAUAGGCCUAAAUACAUC